GAGUGGAGAAAAGGGCUCCAGAAGAUUCCACGAGCGCCUGGAAGCCGCGCUAGCACCAACCCCCACAAGGCCUUUCGGCGCAGCUCCUCCCGACCCGUGCGCCCCCGCGCCGUUGCCCAGGUAACGGCGGGGCGGUGGCAGCGGCCGAGAAGGGCGGGACUUCCGGCGGGUGACGCGCCCGGGUUCGGCUACAAAAGACGACGGCUGCGGCGCGCCGGGCGGAACUUUCCAGAACGCUCGGUGAGAGGCGGAGGAGUGGUAACUACCCGAGCUACUCGAGCUGCGCACAGCUCCGCGCUCCUUCCCGCUCCCUCACACACCGGCCUCAGCCCGCACCGGCAGUAGAAGAUGGUGAAAGAAACAACUUACUACGAUGUUUUGGGGGUCAAACCCAAUGCUACUCAGGAAGAAUUGAAAAAGGCUUAUAGGAAACUGGCCUUGAAGUACCAUCCUGAUAAGAAUCCAAAUGAAGGAGAGAAGUUUAAACAGAUUUCUCAAGCCUACGAAGUUCUCUCUGAUGCAAAGAAAAGGGAAUUAUAUGACAAAGGAGGAGAACAGGCAAUUAAAGAGGGUGGAGCAGGUGGCGGUUUUGGCUCCCCCAUGGACAUCUUUGAUAUGUUUUUUGGAGGAGGAGGAAGGAUGCAGAGAGAGAGGAGAGGUAAAAAUGUUGUACAUCAGCUCUCAGUAACCCUAGAAGACUUAUAUAAUGGUGCAACAAGAAAACUGGCUCUGCAAAAGAAUGUGAUUUGUGACAAAUGUGAAGGUAGAGGAGGUAAGAAAGGAGCAGUAGAGUGCUGUCCCAAUUGCCGAGGUACUGGAAUGCAAAUAAGAAUUCAUCAGAUAGGACCUGGAAUGGUUCAGCAAAUUCAAUCUGUGUGCAUGGAGUGCCAGGGCCAUGGGGAGCGGAUCAGUCCUAAAGAUAGAUGUAAAAGCUGCAACGGAAGGAAGAUAGUUCGAGAGAAGAAAAUUUUAGAAGUUCAUAUUGACAAAGGCAUGAAAGAUGGCCAGAAGAUAACAUUCCAUGGUGAAGGAGACCAAGAACCAGGACUGGAGCCAGGCGAUAUUAUCAUUGUGUUAGAUCAGAAGGACCAUGCUGUUUUUACUCGACGAGGAGAAGACCUUUUCAUGUGUAUGGACAUACAGCUCGUUGAAGCAUUGUGUGGCUUCCAGAAGCCAAUAUCUACUCUUGACAACCGAACCAUCGUCAUCACCUCUCAUCCAGGUCAGAUUGUCAAGCAUGGAGAUAUCAAGUGUGUACUAAAUGAAGGCAUGCCAAUUUAUCGUAGACCAUAUGAAAAGGGUCGCCUAAUCAUCGAAUUUAAGGUAAACUUUCCUGAGAAUGGCUUUCUCUCUCCUGAUAAACUGUCUUUGCUGGAAAAACUCCUACCCGAGAGGAAGGAAGUGGAAGAGACUGAUGAGAUGGAUCAAGUAGAACUGGUGGACUUUGAUCCAAAUCAGGAAAGACGGCGCCACUACAAUGGAGAAGCAUAUGAGGAUGAUGAACAUCAUCCCAGAGGUGGUGUUCAGUGUCAGACCUCUUAAUGGGCCAGUGAAUAACACUCACUGCUGGCAUAUAAUGUGCAGUAGUGAAUGAGUGAAGGACUGUAAUCAUAAUAUGCUCACUACUUGCUCUUGUUUUUGUUUUAAUAAACUAUAGUAGUGUUUUAAAAAGUUAAAUGAAGAAUAAACGCAAAUAUAAAAGCUCUGACUUUGCCCUGUAUGUAUGAUGACUUCAGUGUGCAAGAUGAAGUUUAAUACCUGUAAAAACUACAAAGAAGUUCCCCUAGCAUUUCUAGGCCAAACCUUGUAAUUGACUUCAGCUAUGUACGUGGACAAGCUUAGACUGAAAUGCUAGGUAUAUGUAUUGGCUUCAGUGUAUGACCCUUCAUUGUUAAGCUAUGAAAGUAAAACUCUGUAUUUAACUGGCAAUGAGGAAAAAAAAAUUUUGUAGAGAAGUGUUGGUCUGUAUAGUUCUUUAUAUUAAGUGUGGGAUUCAUUGUAAUGCCUCUGCAUUUAUUCUGUUGCCUCAACUGUUACUUGAAGAUGGCGUAAUAUAUAAUUUAUCCUGUGGUAUCAGUGAUAAAAAUGAUACCUUUCUGUAGGAGGGGUUUAUCAUAAUAUGCUGCUUCUUGAAGGCUUGCACUUCCAGAAUUGUGUUUCCUUCUGCUGUGCCAUUCUCAUAUAUAUAUAUAUAUAUCCAUAUAUAUAUCUUGACCAGUCCUGGUCAUUGCCCCCCUCCUUGUCUGUGGACCAUGAUAAGCCCAAGUAGUGACUUCAGAGCUGGGUAACAGAAAUUAAAGUGAAAAGACCUUUACGUGGAGAAUUUGCAUGCGUAAUAUAGGAAGGUGUUCUUUAGGUAUGUUACAGGAUUACUUUAAACCAUUUGACUUUUGCUCCAAAGUAAUGUUGGUAGUAUAGCAAAUUAUGAUGAAUAGCUUUAAUUGUAUGUUUAAAAGUCUCAUAUGUUCACGUGCUUAAAUCUGGGUAUCAGAAUUUAAGCAAUUCUUGAAAUGUAUUGUCUCCUUAAUAUACUAAUUACAAAGCAUCUCCAA